UAGUCUUUUCUCUUCUUCUCUUCUUCAUUGUCCUAAAUUUUUUACCACCAUAAAAACCAGAAAAGGCUUUAAGCAAUUUGGGCACCAAGAUCCACUCCAACCCUGAACUUUUAACGCUUUAAGCAAUUUGGGCACCAAGAUCCACUCCAACCCUGAACUUUUAACUGAACGCAUUCAGAUAUGUCUACUAUGUAUAAACCAAAAAAUAUCCUCAUUACCGGAGCUGCUGGCUUCAUUGCAUCCCAUGUUUGCAAUCGGCUCAUCAGGAACUACCCUGAAUACAAGAUCGUCGUCCUUGACAAGCUUGAUUAUUGUUCAAAUCUGAAGAACCUUCUUCCCUCGAGGUCAUCCCCAAACUUCAAAUUUAUCAAGGGAGACAUUGGAAGCGCUGACCUUGUAAACUUCAUCCUUAUCACCGAAUCCAUUGAUACAAUAAUGCACUUUGCAGCCCAGACCCAUGUUGACAACUCAUUUGGUAACAGCUUUGAGUUCACUAAAAACAACAUCUAUGGCACACAUGUUCUUCUAGAAGCAUGCAAAGUCACUGGCCAAAUCAAAAGGUUCAUCCAUGUUAGCACAGAUGAAGUUUAUGGGGAGACUGAUGAGGAUGCUGUGGUGGGAAAUCAUGAGGCUUCUCAGCUUCUUCCCACAAACCCUUACUCUGCGACUAAAGCUGGGGCUGAGAUGCUUGUUAUGGCAUAUGGGCGUUCAUAUGGGCUACCUGUGAUAACUACCAGGGGAAACAAUGUAUAUGGCCCCAAUCAGUUCCCUGAAAAGAUGAUUCCAAAGUUUAUUCUUUUGGCUAUGAAAGGGAAGACUCUUCCGAUUCACGGGGAUGGAUCAAAUGUCAGGAGUUAUCUUUACUGUGAGGAUGUAGCCGAGGCUUUUGAAACCAUUCUUCAUAAGGGUGAGGUAGGCCAUGUCUACAACAUUGGGACAAAGAAAGAGAGGAGGGUGAUUGAUGUUGCUAGGGAAAUUUGCCAACUCUUCUCGUUGAACCCUGAUACAUAUAUAAAGUUUGUUGAGAAUAGACCUUUUAAUGACCAAAGAUAUUUCUUGGAUGACCAAAAGUUGAAAAACUUGGGAUGGUCUGAAAGUACUGCAUGGGAGGAAGGUCUGAGGAAGACAAUGGAAUGGUACGUCAAGAAUCCUCAUUGGUGGGGAGAUGUUUCUGGGGCACUGCUCCCUCAUCCCAGAAUGCUGAUGGUUCCUGGAAUUGAAGGAAACUUUGAUGGGUCUGAUACAAGCAAUUCCGAUUCCCCUUUGUCAGCAGCUGAUUCUAGUCAGAGCAAAGUGGUUGUUCCAGUUCCUAGGAGCAUUCUUUCUACUCAGAAGUCAUCUCUGAAGUUCCUGAUCUAUGGGAGAACUGGGUGGAUUGGGGGCCUUCUUGGGAAAAUAUGUGAGAAGCAAGGGAUACCGUAUGAGUAUGGACGAGGGCGACUCCAGGAACGUUCACAGAUCUUGGCUGAUAUUCUGAGGGUUAAGCCAACCCAUGUUUUCAAUGCUGCUGGAGUGACUGGCAGACCCAAUGUGGAUUGGUGUGAAUCUCAUAAACCAGAAACAAUUCGGACCAAUGUGGCGGGUACAUUGACCUUGGCUGAUGUCUGCAGAGAGCACAACCUCCUCAUGAUGAAUUAUGCGACUGGAUGUAUCUUUGAGUACGAUGCUGCUCAUCCAUUAAAAUCAGGAAUUGGGUUCAAGGAGGAAGAUACGCCAAAUUUCACUGGCUCAUUCUAUUCCAAAACUAAAGCCAUGGUCGAAGAGCUUUUGAAAGAAUAUGACAGUGUAUGUACUCUUAGAGUUCGAAUGCCUAUAUCAUCUGAUCUCAACAAUCCGCGUAACUUCAUCACGAAGAUCUCAAAGUACAACAAAGUGGUUGAUAUUCCCAACAGCAUGACUAUCUUGGAUGAGCUUCUACCAAUUUCAGUGGAGAUGGCCAAGAGGAACUUGAAGGGUAUCUGGAACUUCACAAACCCUGGCGUUGUGAGUCACAAUGAGAUCCUGGAGAUGUACAAGAAGUACAUAGACCCCAGUUUCAAGUGGUGUAAUUUUACAUUGGAAGAACAAGCCAAGGUUAUUGUGGCACCAAGAAGUAACAAUGAGAUGGAUGCAUCCAAGUUGAAGAAAGAGUUCCCUGAACUAUUGACAAUUAAGGAGUCGUUGAUUAAAUACGUCUUUGAGCCCAACAAGAAAACAUCUGCUGGUGGAGCAGCAAAUUAAGACUGUUUUGACGAAUAUCUACACCUCAUUACCAUUUCAUAAUUUAUGCAUAUCUUUAUUCUUUUCCCUGUUUAUUGGGGCAUAAAUUACUGCAUGUUCUCUCAUCUAAGUCGAUGUCCUGGUGAAAUUCAUAUUUCUGAUCACAUAGUUGAGUUCGGAAUAAUGGUUUUAAUCCUGCUACUAUGAGAUUAGAGAUUCGUAUAUUUAGAUGGUCUAUACUCUACUAAGUAUUGUAAUUUUUAUAUGCAAUAAAAACAUGUAAUUUCCUAUAUUCAU